AUGGCUGGCUACGACAAGAGCGUCGAGGCUGGCGUGAGAGGUGUUGGGGCAGCGACCCUCCCCGCGAGUGCGAGUGCGAGUCCGAGUCCGAGAGGAUCUAUCCGUACGUCGAGCUCGAACCGCGACGCCGCCGAUGUGAUCCAGGCCAAACCCCAACACAAAUGGCAAUCAUACAUCUGGGACAGCCUCGACAAGUCGCCGCAAGAACGCAAGUUCUUGUUCAAGCUCGACGCGGCCGUCCUGACCUUCGCCAGCUUGGGGUAUUUCAUCAAGUACCUGGAUCAGAUCAACAUCAAUAAUGCCUUCGUUUCCGGCAUGAAAGAGGACUUGGGGCUUUACAAAAACCAGCUCAACUACAUGCAAACAUGCUGGACCGUCGGCUAUGUGAUUGGGGAGAUACCCUCAAACAUGAUCCUUACACGUGUCCGGCCGAGCAUCUGGAUUCCAGCCAUGGAACUCCUCUGGACGGUGCUCACAUUCUGUCUAUGCAAGUGCAACAGCGCCAGCUCGAUAUAUGCGCUUCGGUUUCUCGUCGGGCUCGCCGAGUCGACGUUCUAUCCGGGAAUGGUGUACGUGAUUGGAUCGUGGUACCGGCGCGAUGAACUUGCGAAGCGGUCGUGCAUUUUCCACACCAGCUCGGCCAUCGGCAGCAUGUUCUCUGGCUACUUGAUGGCCGGGGUGUACAAACUGGGCGGGAAGGGAGGUCUCAAAGGGUGGCAAUGGCUAUUUGUGGUCGACGGCAUCAUCUCCCUCCCCGUGGCCAUCUCCGGCUUCUUUCUGCUGCCGGACGUGCCGGAAAUCACGCGCGCGUGGUAUUUCAGCCCGGCGGAGCGCGAGUAUGCGAAGAAACGCAUGGAAUUGGAGGGCCGGGCCCAGCGGGCGCCGUACACCAAAGCCAAGUUCCGGAAGAUCUUCACAUCGUGGAAGAUCUACGCCUUGACCGUCUUGUACAUCACCUUCAACAAUGCUGGGUCGGGCGUCGGCCAGCCGACAUUCGCGCAGUAUCUCAAGGCCUCGAAGCAUCCGAAGUACACCAUCUCGCAGAUCAACACGUAUCCGACCACGACGUACGCGGUGCAGAUUGUCAGCACGCUCAUCUACGCCUGGACGUCCGACAGCAUCUUCCGCGGCGCCCGCUGGCCCCCGAUCGUCUUUGGCGGCCUGGUCUCGAUCGUGUGCUACGCCAGCCUGGCAGUCUGGAACAUCCCCGUGGGCUGGCACUGGGCCUGCUAUAUCCUCGCCGGCUGUGGCGGCGGAUUGAGCGGCCUGUGCAUGGCAUGGGCGCACGAGAUCUGCUCCGACGACAACGAAGAGCGCGCCCUCGUCACCGGCUCCAUGAAUGAAUUGGCCUAUGUGUUUCAGGCAUGGCUGCCGCUGGUCGUGUGGCAGCAGAUAGACGCCCCUGAGUACCACAAAGGGUUUGUCACCUCGGCUUGUCUGAGCGCUGGCAUGAUCGUCACCGCCUUCGUCAUCAGAUUCUUGUGGAAAAGAGAGCAGGCCAAGACGCGCAAGAACCUCGAGCUGCCAUGA